AUGAGGGAAUACAGGUGGAAGGAUUUCAUUCUCUCCAAUCCUGCUGUUGUUGACCAGAAUGCGCACGUGGACGAGGCCGAUAAGAACUCCGGCCGAGGAAACUGGGCCAGUAAGAAGGAGUACAUCCUUUCCACAAUCGGCUAUGCUGUCGGCCUCGGGAAUAUCUGGAGAUUCCCCUACCUGGCCUACAAGAACGGAGGGGGAGCCUUUCUUAUACCUUAUUUUGUGAUGUUGGUGCUCGCUGGGAUUCCUCUUUACUUCUUGGAAAGUGCAUUGGGACAAUUUUGCAGCCAAGGCCCAAUUCAUGUCUGGAGAGCAGUGCCAAUACUUCAAGGUGUCGGUGUCGCCAUGGUCAUUGUGACCUUCAUAUUAUCCACCUACUACAAUGCCAUCAUGGCCUACUGUCUGCACUACAUGUUUGCCUCCUUCCAGUCUUCUCUGCCCUGGUCCCGUUGCUUCAGUUGGACCAACAGCAACUGCGGCAACUCCUCAAUGGCCAACUGGACCACGGACAACAUGACUUGCCCUUCAUCUGACAUCAUCUUGGUGCCAGCGCAGAGUCCUAGUGAGCAGUACUGGGACCACACGGUUUUGCAGAGAUCGGGCGGUAUCGAGGAGACGGGUCCGAUAGUUUGGCAAUUGGCUCUCUGUUUGCUGCUCAGCUCCAUCCUUGUCGGUGCAGCGCUUGUCAGAGGCAUCAAGUCAUCAGGCAAAGUCGUGUAUUUCACUGCUACAUUCCCGUAUGUGGUGCUUGUGAUUCUGCUUAUCCGUGGAGUGACACUAGAGGGAGCCAGAGAUGGGAUAGAGUUUUAUAUAGGUUCCCAGUCCAACUUGACUAAGCUGUAUGAGGCACAAGUGUGGAAAGACGCAGCGACUCAGACCUUCUUUUCCCUGUCAAUUGGUUGGGGCGGAGUCAUGACCCUUGCUUCCUAUAGCAAAUUCCACAACAGCACGUUGAAGGAUUCAUUCAUUGUGACACUCACUAACGCUGGCACUAGCGUUCUGGCAGGUUUUGCCAUAUUUUCCAUUUUGGGCCAUAUGGCUCAUGUUUACCAAAUGCCUGUCGGGGAAGUGGUGAAGGAAGGUUUCGGCUUGGCCUUCAUCGCAUACCCAGACGCGCUGUCGAAACUGCCCGUUUCGCCACUCUGGUCAUUUUUAUUCUUUUUCAUGCUGCUGACUGUUGGCCUGGACUCCCAAUUUGGAGCGAUAGAGGUCAUCAGCACGUGCCUGAUUGACUCCUUUCCUACAAGCUUGACUUCCAAACACGCCACGUUGACCGUCAUGAUAAAUGUAUUCGUCUACCUUCUGGGUUUACCCUAUGUUACACAGGCUGGAAUAUACUGGGUGACUCUCGUGGACCAGUUUGUCGCAAGUUGGGUGAUUCUGAUUUUGGUUCUCUUGGAAAUUAUCGGUUUCAUCUAUAUAUAUGGGGGAGACCGUUUUAUUCUGGAUGCUGAGAUGAUGCUGGGCAAGAAGAGCUGCGCUUAUUGGUUCUGGUGGAAAGCAUGUUGGUUCUUUAUCAGCCCCUGUGUCAUAGUGGUGAUUCUGAUCUGGUCUCUGAUGAGCUUUACACCCCCCACCUAUGGAACAGUUCCAUACCCAGCCUGGGCCCUGGCUCUGGGAUGGUGCACGGAGUCCUUUAUCCUUCUUUGGAUUCCGCUCAUUGCUGUUUAUAAGCUGAUAAGAGAACAGGGGACACCAUGGGAGCGUGUGAAGUCUCUGUGCUCUCCCUCGGAACACUGGCAUCCUUAUCUGGUCGUCCAUCGCGGUGAGCGGUAUGCAGAAGGUCGCUGCGGGCGCAUAAACAACAACAACCUCACUAGACCAGAACCCAGUUUAAACAUCAUCUCCAACACAUUGCUCUGA